AUGGAGUCCCCGCCAGCACUGACGUCGCCGUCGCAGAGGAGCGUCCCUGUCUCCGCGCGCUGCCGCCAUCGAAGCUUCUGCUUCUGCUUUGCUGCUUCUGUUGUCACGCCGUCGCCCCUCUGGACGUCAUUGCUUCUGAAUCUUGCCCUGUCACUGGUUCUCUGCCUCCCAUUGUGGCUCAACCUCUGUUUAUACCACCUUGGUUGGAAAAUAUUGUCAAUUGCAGUGCCUUCUGAUAUGGCUUUGACAGCUGAUCCUAUUGCUUCACUGGUUGACACAACAUUCAUUGGCCGAAUAGGUUCAUUGAGUGGUUGGGUUGUUGCUGUAGAGGGAGCUGUGGUGAGAGCAUUGAGAAUGGAAAGAAGCUCAAAUCUCUUUUGUUUAUGAUUAGAUAUUGUUAUGACUUGGAUUUUUAUUAUGUGAUUUUAAAGUAUCUUAGUUUAUUUAACUUCUAAAAUCUUUUGUUUAUAGGUCACAAAUAUGUAUGAAUCUUAUAGAAUACGUUAUAAAUCA